UACACACAUACAUACUUCACACACACACACAGACAGAGAAAGAAAGAGAGAGAGAGAGAGAGACUCUGAGUUUUGAUUUCUUGGUUUUUUAUAUAAUAGCAGUGAGAGUAGUGACCGUUUCGUGCUCUCUCUAUCUCUCUCUGUUUUUUAAUUUUUAAUUUUGUUCUGCCAGAUCAAAAACUAAGCUCUAUGUUCUCAAAUCUCGCCGGAAAAUCCAGUCGCCGUGAAAGUUGUUGUUGUUGCUGUUCCAAAAAGCAGAGCUUUGUUUUUUUGGAAAUUGGAAAAGCUGGAUUCGGAUCGUGAAUCGAGGAUGAGAAGCGUGAAUAACAGCGUCGAGACUAUAAACGCCGCUGCCACAGCUAUCGUCUCCGCCGAGACUCGUGUCCAGCCCACCACUUAUUCAAAAAGAAGAUGGGGAAGCUGCUGGAGCCUAUAUUGGUGCUUUGGAUCUCAGAAGAGCAGCAAGCGAAUAAGCCAUGCUGUCCUUGGUCCUGAGCCAGUGGUAUCUGGAGCUGCUGUGCCUGCUAAUGAAAACCCAACCCCCCCAACUGCCAUUGUACUACCCUUCAUUGCCCCUCCCUCUUCUCCUGCAUCCUUCCUACAGUCAGAUCCUCCAUCUGCUUCCCAAUCACCUGCCAAAUUCCUGUCUCUCACUUCUCUUUCUGUCAACGCCUAUUCACCAGGUGGAACUGCAUCCAAUUAUACCAUAGGCCCUUAUGCAUACGAGACACAAUUAGUCUCACCCCCUGUAUUAUCUACAUUAACGACCGAACCAUCUACUGCUCCUUUCACUCCCCCUCCUGAAUCUGUGCAUCAGACAACACCUUCAUCUCCUGAAGUGCCAUUUGCUCAACUGCUAACGUCUUCACUUGACCGCAGUCGUAGAAACAGUGGGACUAAUCAGAAGUUUGCAUUAUCCUAUUAUGAAUUCCAGCCUUAUCAACAGUACCCAGGAAGCCCAGGUGGCUACUUAAUAUCACCUGGGUCAGCAAUCUCGAAUUCUGGAACAUCAACUCCUUUCCCUGAUAGACGCCCUAUUCUAGAGCUCCGCAUGGGGGAGUCUCCCAAACUCUUGGGCUUUGAUCAUUUUUCAGCUCGUAAAUGGGGUUCAAGGCUAGGUUCUGGAUCUUUGACCCCGGAUGGUGUGGGGCUCGGUUCAAGGCUAGGCUCUGGAUCUUUGACUCCGGAUGGUAUGGGGUUGGGUUCAAGGUUAAACUCUGGAUCUAUGACACCAGAUGGUGUGGGGUUGGGCUCGAGGUUGGGUUCUGGAUCUUUGACGCCUGAUGUUAUGGGCCCUGCCUCACGAGACAGUUACCUUUUGGAGAACCAGAUUUCUGAAAGUGUAUCCCUCACCAACUUAGGGAAUGGAUGUCAAAAUAAUGGAACUAUAAUUGAUCACAGAGUAUCAUUUGAGUUGACAGGGGAAGAUGUUGCACGCUGUCUUGCAAAUAAAUCAGCAGCAUCUAUUAGAAACGCAUCAGAAUCUUUACAUGAUAUAGUUGCAGAAGCCCCAACUGAUAGAGAAGGGAUAAAAACAGACACCAACAAUUGUUGUGAGUUGCCUAUUAGUGAAACAUCCAGUGAAACACCUGAAAAAGCUUCAGAGGAAGGGGAGGAGCAGAGCUAUCGGAAGCAUCGUUCUGUUUCUCUUGGAUCAAUCAAAGAGUUCAAUUUUGACAACACAAAAGGAGAAGUGUCUGAUAAGCCCACCAUUGGCUCUGAGUGGUGGGCAAAUGAAAAGGUAUCAGGGAAGGAAGCUAGGCCUGGCAGCAACUGGGCUUUCUUCCCAAUGCUGCAACCAGGGGUCAGCUGACAUUCAAUUGAUGCAGCAAGGCUUAACCUCUACAACUUUGAGAUAGUUCUAUGAUGCUCAAAUCACUAAUUCAUCUGGAUGUAAAUCUGAUGGUAACAGUGAGUGGAAAACAUAGUUUGGCAAGCCAGGGAGAAAAUGAUUGAUAGACGAUUUGUUGGCAGAGGUGAGACUUAUGUUUUCAAUUCCCUUGUGACUCUAGAGACAAUGCAGAGAGGAAAUAGUUUGUUGGGAUUAUUAGUAUGGGUACUGAUAGAUCAUUCUUUUUAGUGUUUUUUUACCUCAUGUAUACAAGAAAGAGCAUUCACAUAUAGGUAUUAUGUUGUGGAUUAUUGUUUCUUGUCAUCUGUAAUAAUAAGAAAUAUCAUUCUUCCACAA